AUGAAUAAACUAAGUUUUAAUGGGGCACUAGGUGCUGUUAAUGCUUUGGCUGUAAGCGAUGACGGUAAACGGGCAUAUGUUUUUGAUCCAAGAGUUGAUGCUGUUAUAAGGAUUAAUCUAGCUAAUGGUCAACGGGAUACUUUAAGAUGGUUUGAUAGAAGUUUUCGCCAUCCACGAUGGCUAUGUUAUUGCAUGUUUACUAUGCAUCGGGAUAGUGCCACAUAUUUGCCAACCCUAUUUUACAAUAAGAAACGUCGAAGUUUUCUGUUGGUAACUUUUGUUAUUGAUGACCAAAAACUUGUGCUGUAUAAGACGCAAGAGAAUGUUAUUGAUGUUGAACCAAUCAGAUUUGAUCGGUUGGCUUACAGCGCUCAUAAAGAUGAAAGCAGACUACAUGUAAGUAUACAGAUGUCAAAUGUUAAGCAUAAGUUACCACAAGGACAGUGGGAGCUACCAUUUAUUGCACAUCAGAGUUUACACUUCAUUUCUAUGGAAUUCGCUACAACACAAUUGGCCAGUAUAUCUACUGAAGGUAAUAUGGAUCAUAACGACUGGAAGAUCAAGCAAAUUGCUGCAGAUCUAAACGAUGCAUUACCGGCUCGAAAAGCCACAUGGAUUAAUGCUUGGCGAGCAGGUAUGGGAUGGUAUGUGGUAUGUGAAAAGCAAAUCAGAGAUUUUGAAACAACCCGAUGGUUAUCACUUUGGCAGCUUGACGUUUUGGACUGUAAGUGGAGGAAGCUUCCUGCUACAACUGAAAUUCCAAUGGAUGCAAAAAAUUUUGCUUUACGGAUUGACAUGAAGAAUACAGCAUUCCUCCAUUGUGACUGGGAACGAGAUGCUGCUAUAUUUCGGAUGCGUUUGGAUGAACUUAUGCUACAGCGAGAAGACGAAGCUGUAGCAGCGUCGGAACAAAUUCCCCAAGAUGAAGAUUUAUUGGAGGCGGAUGACAAUAACGAUAGUUCCAAUUACAUAGAGCUUUCCAAUUCUCAGAUCAUUUGUCCUAUAUGCCUAGACACCUACGAUGACCCGAGAACCUUGUCCUGCGGUCAUUCGAUCUGCAAUAAUUGUAUAGAGCAUAUGAAAGCUGCUGUUCAGAGUAAUACGAUCCGGUGUUUUGCCUGCAGAAAAAUCACAACUAUUCCAAGCACUGGUCUUCCGGUUAAUUUUGGUUUAAAAGAUGCAAUAGAAGCCUUAGACAAAGUUCGUCAACUAAGUGGUACAAACUUACGUUGUGCUCAUUGUCGCAAACUUUGUAAUGAAGAAGACCUCUGGGUCUGCGGCGACUGCGCUUUAGCCGACUCCGCUCUGGUAGCAUAUUUCUUAACUGAAGAGAUUCCGGAAUCUGUUACUGACGGACACAAAAAGGUAUUGUUUUGUGCGCAAUGUAUUUUAAAACACCAUACAAGCCACGAUGCUGAUCAACUCUCAAGUUUUAGGGAGAAGUUUAAUUUGGUAAGAGAGCGUGAUUCAGCUUGUAAAAAACGCGUAAAUGAGGUAUUUGAAAAGUUUGAAGCAACUCUCGAAGAGAAGUUAAAAGCAGGUUUGUUGGAGCCCCUGAUGAAGGAUAUACAGCAAGAAUUAAGAGGUGCAUUCAAUACCACAGCAUACAGUAAAAGAGUUUUAGACAAGAGUGCUGCGGAUAUGGUCAGCGAUUUUGAGCGGCGACUUCUACGAAUUGUUGCUAACAUUGACUCUCAGUUUGAAAGGGACAGUAUUGUAGGAGAAAAGCGGAGGUAUAAUAUCUCAUUUGGAACAGUUUAG